AGCUGCCCUCCCGUCUUGCCUGAAGAGAAGACAAGAGGAAGUGGGUCGAAUACCCAAGGCUAUUUUAACUCUACGGCUGUUACCACAGGACUCGGUCAUUCCCCUGCCUCACGGAAGCCUGAGGGCUUACUGGUUUGCUGCUCAACUGUUUGGGACACCGAAUUGCUCUGAUUGCUAGAGGCACAGGACUCAGGGUUUUGUUGGCGGUGUCACUGCUGCUAAGAUGGAUCACCAGCGGUUGCCCUCACGGCGUCCGCUGGGCACCGUGUCCAACGAUCUGAGAAUUCUGCAAGGCGAUUCCUCUCUGGAGCUGAGCGAGUACGGGGACCAGCAGCUCGGUGGUGAUAAUGAUGAACAGGAGAAACUACUGAAGGAGAGCUCCACUCUCUACGUGGAGAAUCUUUCCUUUCAAACCACCGAAGAGCAAAUAUAUGAGCUCUUUAGUAGAUGUGGUGAUGUCAAGCAUGUAUUUAUGGGCCUGGAUAAAAUUAAGAAAAAGGCAUGUGGCUUCUGUUUUGUAGAAUACUAUAACAGACUUGAUGCCGAAAAUGCCAUGUGGUUCCUGAAUGGAACCUGCCUAGAUGAUCAUAUUAUCCACACAGAUUGGGAUCUGGGCUUUAGAGAGGGCAGGCAGUAUGGCCGCCGCCGACCUGGGGGCCAAGUAAGAGAUGACUUGCGUGAAGAUUUUGAUGUUGGUAGGGGUGGCUCUGGAAAACAGGCUCAGGGCUGUGAUAGAAGAGGAAUCCAUUAGUGAAAAACCUGCAGCUCUGGCCCCUGGAAAAGUCUAUUAAGGAACAACACCAGGUCAGCAAAUAAUCCAUUUUGUAACAAGUUGAAAUUACUUUAUGUGCUGAGCAGAGACCCUUUGGUUGUACUUUUCCUCUCUGAAAUGUUA